AUGUGUAUAAUAAAAAUGGCUUCUGCAGAGAUGGAAGCCUUAUUAGCUCUUUUCACGUUCUCACUACUACUUCUUUCAGCCUUGUGGCUUUAUGCAAAAAAGUCUAUAAGCAAGAAAGCCCCGCCGCCACCAUUGCCACCGGGGCCGCGCGGCUUCCCCGUGGUGGGAUACUUGCCAUUUCUCCGCCCCAAUUUACACCACCACUUCACAGACCUCGCCCGCAAGUACGGCCCCAUCUUCAAGCUCCAACUCGGGAGGCGCCUUGUUGUGGUAGUCAACUCACCCUCCCUUGCCAAAGAGGUGGUUCGCGAUCACGACGCUAUUUUCGCUAACCGCGACCCGCCCAUAGCAGGAAUUAUCGGCACGUAUGGCGGCCGCGAUAUCGCCUUCGCCCCCAGCGGCACCUACUGGCGCGAGAUCCGCAAGGUGUUUGUACGGGAGAUGCUGAGCAGCGCCAACCUCCGAGCAUGCUACGAGCACCGGAGAGAAGAGGUUAGAAAGGCCAUUAGAAGUGUGAAAUCGAGGAUAGGUGAACCUGUCAACAUUAGGGCGUUGGCUUCUUCUACUGAAAUAAAUGUUAUAACGAGUAUGAUUUGGGGAAGUACGUUGGGAUGUGAUGAAGCAAAGAUUGAUCAAAUUGGAGCAGAGUUUAGGGAGAUAAUGGGGAAGUUUGUUGCCAUGAUAGGUGAGCCUAAUAUCUCUGAUUUCUUCCCCUGGCUUGCUAGAUUGGAUUUGCAGGGAGUACAGGCAAGGAUGGAGGAUAUGGUGAAAGUUGUCGACAAUAUUUUUGAUCCCAUCAUUAAUGAAGGUGAAAAAAAAGUUUCUGAGAAAUCUCGUAGCAUAACCAAGGAUGACGAAAAAAAGGAUUUUCUGCAGAUCCUCUUAGAGCUGAAGAAUCGUGAUGACAACGCUGGGAAGUCAUUGGAUUUCCAAGCAAUCAAGGCCAUGUUGCUGGAUAUUGUGAUAGGCGGGACUGACACUACAGCAACAAUGGUGGAAUGGGUUAUGACAACAUUACUUGAUAAUCCAGAAAUAAUGAAAAAGGUCCAAAAAGAAUUAGAAGAAAUUGUUGGAAUGACAAGUAUUGUUGAAGAGGUCCAUCUACCAAAGCUCAAAUAUUUGGAUGCUGUUGUAAAGGAAACAUUUCGUUUAUACCCUGCAUUACCACUUCUAAUCCCCAAGUGUCCAAGUCAAACUACACAAGUGGGUGGAUACACAAUCCCUAAGGAUACAAAGGUCUUUCUAAACAUGUAUGCAAUACAUAGAGACCUUAAACUCUGGGACAAUCCUUUGAAGUUCAGCCCUGAGAGGUUCCUUAACCAAACCUUUGGUUUAGACUAUACUGGCAAUGAUCAUAGGUUUCUGCCAUUUGGAUCUGGAAGGAGAAUUUGUGUUGGCAUUCCCUUGGCGGAGAAAAUGCUAAUUUAUAUUUUGGGUUCCCUAUUGCACUCCUUUAACUGGCAUCUUCCUGAAGGUGAAAAGAUGGACUUAUCCGAUGGACUUGGACUUGUCAUCAAGAAAAAUACUCCUCUGGUUGCUGUUCCAGCACCGAGGUUACCUAAUUCCGAGCUUUAUCAAUAAUUUCGUAGAAAUAUGUCCAUUUGUAAAGGGCAUAUAGGUGUCCAAAGUGUCAUCAUCAUUAUAUGUGUGUAAUAAAACUGGCGUCGUCUAUCUAUACUUUACUAGAAUCAAAAAUAAAAAAUUUAUAAGCAA